GCGGCGGCGGAGGCGGCGCGCAGGAUGCAGGUGGCCCGCUUCCGAGCCAGGUUCGACCCCCGGGUCCUCGCCAGAUAUGACAUCAAGGCUCUUAUUGGGACAGGCAGUUUCAGCAAGGUUGUCAGGGUGGAGCAGAAGACCACCAAGAAACCUUUUGCAAUAAAAGUGAUGGAAACCAGAGUGAGAGAAGGCAGAGAAGCGUGCGACUCAGAGCUCGCCGUCCUGAGGCGGGUUAGCCAUCGUUACAUCGUCCAGCUCCUGGAGAUCUUUGAAGCCCAGGAUCGAGUUUACAUGGUGAUGGAGUUGGCUACGGGAGGGGAGCUCUUCGAUCGCCUCAUGACCCAGGGAUCCUUCACAGAGCAGGACGCUGUCAGAAUCCUCCAGAUGGUCGCUGAUGGGAUUAGGUAUUUGCACGCAUUGCGAAUCACUCACAGGGACCUAAAGCCCGAAAAUCUCUUAUAUUAUCAUCCAGGGGCAGAGUCGAAAAUUUUAAUCACAGAUUUUGGUUUGGCACACUCUGGGAACAAAAGCGGUGACUGGACGAUGAGGACGCUCUGUGGGACCCCAGAGUACAUGGCCCCCGAGGUUUUGCUAAGGAAACCUUACACCAGCGCAGUGGACAUGUGGGCUCUCGGCGUAAUCACAUUUGUUUUACUUAGCGGAUUCCUGCCUUUUGAUGAUGAAAGCCAUACAAGGCUCUACAGGAAGAUUCUGAAAGGCAAAUACGAUUAUACAGGAGAGCCCUGGCCAAAUAUUUCCCACUUGGCGAAGGACUUUAUAGACAAACUACUGAUUCUGGAGGCUGGUCAUCGCAUGUCAGCUGGGCAGGCCCUGGGUCAUCCCUGGGUGACCACUAUGGCUGCAGCGUCUUCCGUGAAGAAUCUUCAGAGGGUCAUUUCCCGGAACCUCCUGCGGAGGGCAUCUCCCCACUCUCAGAGUCCCGGAUCCGCACAGUCUUCCAAGUCACGCUCUUAUCACAAAUCGAAACAUAUGUGGGGCAAGAGAAACUUAAGGGCAGAAGAAUCACCACUGUCUUCACUUUUGUGA